GUCCUCCUGUGCCGAGAGGACAGAAGAGACUCGGGAGCUGUAAUACGGCUGGAUACCAGGCUAUAAGGAAGCCUGGUGCGGGGUUGUUUUGUGAGUGUCACGCCCCUUAGCUAACUAAAGCACGACAUUCACCAAUGGAAAGUCCCAAAUUGUUCUGUACCGAGCCGCCAUCUUGGAUUUACACUUACCGCUUUGUGACCAAGGUCACGAAAGCCCUCCAUAGCUUUCUUAUUACAAUAUUCAAGUGUAACCUUUUGUUGUCUAUCUGUUAAAUACGACACCUAACACUACCAAACCGGUCAGUUCCAAGAGCCACACCAAAGACCCGCAAAACACACAGGUAAGUUGAAAACCGAAGGAUUGGGAACAGGGUUAGGCGACAGAGACAUGCGACUCUUUCAAAGUGACAGUGUAACCGCUGAAAGGGGUACAUGGGUUUCUUUUCAAUGUUAAUCUUAUACGUGACCAAAUUGCUAAGUUGAACGUAUACAUGUAUGUAGCGGCUAUAAUACUACAUCCUGCCAUAGAGGUAAUAGGGAAUAACCUAUAUGCGUUUACAGACAGAAGGUUGGGUAGCAUGGAUAGGUCUCUUCGACAGGUAGCGUUUCCCUAUAGUAGUUUCACUUCCGCAUUUCGCCGCAACACAUUACACGUAUGCACACGAUUAUUUGGAAUAGCUCUUCAAAAACGCCUUGCUACUGGUGAGUGUUCUCCAUUUUCAAUACUUUGUGUUCAAACUUUCUUCAAUUGCUCCGUUAAUUCUUGUACGUGUCAGAAGUACGAAAAUAACUUAUAAUUCUUAAACAAUUGACCAUAACGUCUCGGUUUCGAGCAUGAAUUGAAAUCGUACAAAACGUAUACUAGUAUUUCCUGUUGUAUGCCACGCUUUUACGGCCUUUACAGCAUUGUGUCCUAAUCUAUGACAUACAUUGAGUCGCUCAAAGUUUUAUGGUUUCAUGAUCAUAACAGUCAAUAUCUGAACAUAAAGAUCAGGAUUUCUAUGAUAUCAGUUGCUACGCUCAGUGGUGUUGUGUUGUAGAAACCGUCAAAGCUGUCCAAUACGGACGAAACCAUUGCCGAUGGAGGGGAGUUGACGUUCUGCUACAGCUUGUGCGUGCCUACAGUGAUUUUGCUUUCACUUAACAGUCACGCCAAGAAAGGGGCGAGGGGCUACUCGAACAUCGUUCAGGGGAAUCUCAUUCAAAUAAUGUUUGGAGGAAUUCGAUUGAGAGGUACUUUGCCAGUUAGUCUUUUGAUAACAAAUGCUUUUACCAAGGGCGUUCUAUCACUUGGUCUAUAACGUCCUUGCUUUUAGUAUUACGCUUCUUUUCAGACGCUGCCAUUUGGAUGAAUAACAACUAAAGUAUGAUGCCGAAGAACGAGGUUACGUCAUCCCUAGCAGUGAUAUUCCUGUUUGGCGUGACGUCAGCACGAGACGUGGACCUCGGCUUGUGCUCGGUAGAAAGGGAGACGUGUGCGUGUGGAACAACCGGUCUCAACUUCAUCAUUACUUACAAAGCAUGUUCUGCGUUCUACAAGUGGGAACACUACUGCCGCCCAUGUGACGGAGUCAAGCACGACCAGGUGUGUGAGAAGUACCGCUACUGCGCAGAGUGCCAUGACGUCACGUACGGUAAAAAUGACGGCUGCGCCAGAUGUCCACCUAGCAAGUACGGCAAGUUCUGCACCUCAGAUUGCCAGUGCCAGCACGGCGGUGCUUGUAAUCAGGACGGGAGCUGCCGAUGUCCGGUGGGGUUCCACGGAACGUACUGUGAACAGGCGAUCGUUGAUGGCAGCUGGUCUGACUGGAGCCCCUGGUCGACUUGUAGCGUGACAUGCGGGUCCGGUACACAGAGUCGCACCCGUACCUUUACCGACCCUGCGCCGGCCAACGGCGGGGCACCGUGCGAGGGGAACUCACAGGACACCCGGGACUGUCAUACAGGGACAGGUUGCCCAGUUGACGGUUCCUGGUCCGACUGGAGCCCGUGGUCUGCCUGUAACGUGACCUGUGGUAUCGGCACCCGGUCCCGUGUACGUGUUUGUGACGAGCCGGCAGCCUCGAAGGGGGGGAAAGAAUGUGCAGGGGAAGAAACGAAGAAUCAGACAUGCGACACUAAACAGCCUUGUAAAGUAUUUCCUGUGUCAGGAGAUAUUGUCAUGACAACAGGGAUCGCUCUAUUGGUCUUUGCUGAUGUCGUCUUUAUGCCAUGGAUGAGGAUCAUGAAGAUCAUAACGUCAGCGUCUUCGCUAUUUUCAACGCCGAAGAAGCUGUUCAUCGUCCAUGGAGGAGAAGACAAGUACUCGCUAGUAGAGCCACUUGUGCGAGAAAUAGUAGACCAAGGUUUUCCUAAGAAGCAUGUCUUCUACGAUAAGUGGUCUAUAGGAUUCACACAGGGUAUCAAAGAAACUAUAUCCUCAGCAAUACACGAUAACUCCUGUAAACUAGCUGUCAUAGUGAUCAGCGAAGAUAUGGAGAAGAAAUAUUGGCCUAGAAAAGAGUUUGAGGAAUUCUUGAAGCAAGGGAAGGCGUUCUUUCCGAUUUUCUAUGGCGUGUCGCCCUCAGAAGUUAGACAGCGCUACUCGCCAACAUUGGCUGAUACUCGGGGGGUGGAGGUGCCGAGAACAGGAGAGAGGGUGGAUGACAUCUGGAUAGCGGGGACUGCAAGUCAGAUACGUAAGAUUCUACAGGGCAAGCUUUAAGGAAAUCAUGAUACUUAUGACCCCCUUAUGCAAAAGUGGUGCGUUCCUGACGUCACUGCUAGAGAUAGAAGAAUCAUUCAUUCUGUGACCAAGGUCGACGAAAAUUUAGAGGGGUAAGUCCCUAUAGUGUUAAUUUCAGUGUUGGGUGUAAAGUGUUAGCAUUUUUCUAUAGUCUAGGGUAAUCAAACUGUCAACACUGUCAAUACAGAAGUUUAUUGCAAAUUCAUACCCAUGGGAUAAUUGCAAAUAGACAACAAAUGUACAAGCAUAAAGGCAAUCAUAGAACAUACAAUGAAACAGACAAUGAAAAUUAAACUUUGUGGAUUGACGGAGGUCUCCUUUAAAACAGUGCAAAUAAAAAAGGCAUGCGUUUUCAAUGAUUAGUGGAUUGGUGGAUUUCAAAGGGAAAACAAUUUUCUGUAGAUUUCCUAUCAAUCUAAAGGAAAUUUAAAAAGUAUGGAGCAAUGUGUUACUAUGUAAUAUUGUUAUGCUUAUCAUUUGUUAUGCUUAUCAUAUGUUAUGUGUGUUAGAUGAUUUUCCCAAACCGCUAGGUGAAAUGUUUUUUUUUUAGCAAAUUGCUUUAAUGAUUCACAGCCAUAGACAUUUUAAAGUUGGCUAACUUUUGUAGCCGGUGUGCUCUGUAAGUAGUGAUCUACCAUGAAUUUUCCGACCAAUUAGACGAAAGACCCACUGUUCCGUGGAAUCGAGAGCUUGAAAAACAUUCAGAUUUUGCCUCACUAUAUCUGCUUGAUGAUCAAAAGCAUAUAACGCUGGUUCACCUUUGACCUACUUCUGUUGGUUUUCAAAACACCGUAUUAAUAGAGUUGUUUCAAAAUGCACUAUUUAAAAGAUAAUGCAAUUUGAAACCACUGUCUGUCGACUUGAUGUCCCUAAAUACCCUGUUUUUAAAUACAACGGAUAUAGGUUACCCCUUGGAUAAAAGUGAACUUGUGUUACAUGUGUGACUCAGAUGACACCCGUUUGGAUCCUUUGUGCGUCUAUUACAGAAUAAGAUUAUGUAGCGUAUGUAAU